UUGGCCUUUAACAUGCCCCUUACAAUUCACCGUUCACGUGAUUAUCAGCUGACCCAACAACAAGUCAAGGAAGCAGGCUAUCACAAAAUAAAUAUUGCUAGGUUUAUCUUAAUAGCAUCAGUUAUGGAGUCUGCACUUGAAGAGCAUCUUGAUGAAACCAUGAAGAAUCCAGCGGUGGUCGGUGUUCUCUGCACAGACCAACAGGGGCACACGUUAGGCUGUCGAGGCUCUUUAACUGAUGACCAGGGUGGAGUUGUGUCUGUGUUGGCCCAACAAGCAGCAGCCCUCUGCAAAGAUCCGACAGACACUCCUACUGUGGUCCUGGAGUCUGACACAGGGAAUAUCCUAGUGAGGAGGCAUGGCACAAUCACAGUUGCUGUUCACAAAAUCGCAUCAUGAAAACAAACAUCAAGUGAGGCCUGACACAUCCUUGCACUGCGGGGGCCCACAGAGAUUUAACAACCUCACCUAGCAUUUAGUAAAAAAGAGAGAGAAAAAAAUAGUAAAAUAAAUGAAAAUAAAAAAUAUAUUUAAAAGGUU